CUACCGAGCCGCCACACUUCGCACCCUCAUCUCCCGACCGACCAUCGACGACCACACACGGACUAAAAGAAGAAAAGAUUCACAAUGUCGGAAGCCUACGAGCGCGAGCGCCAGAACAACGCGCGCCUGGAGGAGCUUUCGGCCAAGGUGUCGUCGCUGCGCGGCGUGACGGUGGACAUCUACGACAACGCGCGAGCCCAGGAGGUAAUCGACAACACGUCCGACACGUUCUCCUCGAUGUCGUCGCAGCUGAAGGGGUCCGCCGGCCGGCUGGGCCGCAUGGCCGCCUCGGGCAACAAAGUCGCCAUCCUCAAGCUCUCCGGCAUCAUCGUCGGCGUCUUCCUCGUGCUCUACUACCUCCUGAAGUGGAUCUUUUAAACCCGGCUCGUCCACGCCAACACAAUAACAACGCACGCACACGCAUACGCACGCACACGCACAUACACGCACACGAAUAUUCCGAACGAGUGCCGUCCGGGCGGGCGAGCCUGGCAGUUUGACCGAUCUGGCCUCCCUACCGAUGCGAAUCCGGCGCUGCCGUACACCACACGCACAAAUACGGCCGGCCUCCUACGUCACUGCCAUUAUUCGGGGCCGUCAUAGGCGUUUGGGGAAGCACUUGGAUACCAUUGGGGAGCUCGCGAGAGGCGGCGCGGGGGGUGUGACUAGUUAAGCCGUGGUAGCUCAUGAGACGAGG